CGGAGUUGUUGACUUCCUGAAACAAAACCGUCUGAAAAGUACACAUCCAUGUUGAUAAUGCGUUCGCUCUUACCUGCUGUGGCUGAACAGCUUUUCCGAGAUAUUCAAAAAGCAUACCAGGAAACUUCCCAAAUUCCUGAUGACCUGCUUAUUGCGCUGAAGUUUGUUUUCGGGCCGUGUGCGCUGCAGGCUCUGAACCUGGUUGACCAGCACUCAGUCACCUGUCUGUCAUCAUCCAGCGGACGCAAAGCUUUCCAGGUAAUAGGAGGAUCGGGGCGUUUGUACACAUGCUUUGUGUCCUGUCACUACUGCCCGUGUCCAGCCUUUGCUUACACUGUGCUCCGCAGAAAUGAGGGCCCGCUGUGUAAACACAUCCUGGCUGUGUACCUGUGUCAGGCCAUGGCUGUGACUCAGGAGGAGAGCGUGUCUGAUCAGCAGAUGUCUGCAGUGCUGAGUGGGACAGCCCUCCCGUGACACCCAGGGCUGGUGUGUGACAGGAGCUGUGGCUGGUAUUCACCUGGCUGCAGAUGAGGCACACCUGUUCUCACUUCCCUCAUCAACCUUUUCUUUAGGAGCCUGGUGCUCCCUCCUCUCCUCUGACAGAUAAUUAAACGCUGAUGCAGAGUGCCUCUAUGCAGCCCGAGCCUUGUGUUUUCCAGACUGCAGUUUUUGUGCAAUUUAUUGCCUUGGACGUCUCUCUCAGCUCGGAGAGGACUUUUUGCAACCAGCAGCUCCCUGCCUUCACUACCUGCCUUUUUCUUUAUUAAAACACCUUAAAACUACUGUCUCUGCUUUGGGGUCCUAAGAAAUAUCCGAACAUUACAGGAACUAUCUGAAGGACAGAUUAUUCUGGGAAAAGGUUACAUUGUUUGGGCCUCGGGAAAAGUCACUCAGCAAGAGUGACUACUGCCAACAUGCUUCUACUGAAUUAUUCAGAGAGAUUCUAUCAUAAGCACAAUGUCACACACUUAUACCAACACAACGGAUGCACACUCCUAUAUCACUCAUUUGUCACGUAGGAUGUGUCAAAGGUGUGUGUCUAUUGUUUCAGUAUCGUAGCAGGCUGAAAGAGCUGCGGCCCCCAGAGAGGAGCCAUGCUGUUUGUACAGUUACAAACCACCUGCAUGACAGCGCUGUCAGCACCAAACUGUAGCAUGUGCCCAGCCUGCCCUGCACUCAGGAUCAUCAACAUUCAUAAUUAAUCUUCAGGCUGCCUCUUAAUGCUGUGUGGACAUCAUGGCAGACCUAUAAAAAGUAUACAGCCUCAUAAAGGACAUCCACUUUAGCACAGUUUAAUGGUGGAAAGAUUUUAUUUGUCUCUUGGCAUACGUGCAUUUUUCAGACCGUUUUCCACAACAACUUGCUGUGGCUUUAUGUGUGGUAUUUUCUGGAGACACACUUCUGCAUGUGGGGGAGAGGACGGCAUGACACUGAAUGUGCAACUUGUUUGCUGUUCUCAACUGUACUUCCUUGAAGGUAGAUUUCCUCAAAGACACUGGGAAGAAUAAACCUUACUAAAACAAAUGCUUUCUCGGGAUUCAUCGGUAUCAACUCAACCUCCUACACAGGAAAGGAUUUUGUCAGCACAGCAUCCAGUCAUUGUUGCACUGACCUUUUUUGGGGCUCUGUGACAUUUACAAUAUGCACUGUACAAUACAUGAGGGACUUCACUGUUCUGCAAAAUGACACGAAACAACGGGAUGUAUACGUAUGUGUGGCUCACCGGCCGAGUUUACACGUGAGUCUGCAUUCAGAGCUGGACAUGUGUGUGUGUGAGGAAAGACUACAUUGAGGAGAGAGCUUCGGUUCAUGAGCUGUACAUGUUUUCUUUAAAUAAAUCGAUUGCCAAUCA